AUGGACGAGACACGCAAUUCUACUGCUGAUGUCCCGCUUCUAAGCGAGGAGGAGUUGAAAAGCCACAACCCUCUCAGGCGUUCGAAUAAGGCCCGACAAUGGCGGCAUAUAUCACACGGGUUGUUUGAAACUAUACUCAUCGUCACCAUUGGUGUUCUCAUGACCGCGUUGUUCUUCGUGGAGUCUGGGAGACCACAGGUCAAGGUUGCCACUGUGGUACCGCAGUUCACCCAAGUAAAGAAGUUUUGGGAUUGGGAGCCGGACAGGAGUUUCGUGCAUCCCGAGAUGUUCGGAAACCCAGACCUUCGAGAUCGCAUCAUGAAGGAUUGGCUGUCACGACUAGUGCCGCUGCCUAGCAGAGGAUUUAUUGACAUCCCCAAUCCGGAACACCACGAUCUUCCACCACCUCGACGUUUCGAGCCGGGAGAAAACAAGUAUAUGAUAACAGUUUUUCAUCAGCUUCACUGCUUGUCUCACCUUAUACGCGCGUUUUCAGCUGCUCGUCUGGGAGACGAUACGUUUCCCUUUGACGACAAUCAUUUAGCACAUUGUUUCGAUUAUAUCAGACAGGGUCUUCUAUGUGCGGCCGAUUCAACACUAGAAGGCAACAAUACCAUGACUGACGGUGCACACCACGUGUGCAACAACUUCAAUGCUCUCAAGGAUUGGGCGGCCGAUAACGCAGCGUCCAAGAUUCCCCAAAAGCUGUUCAUCGGAUGA